UCGAUAUUGGGCGAGCCUCCCUUUUAUUAUUAAUUAUUACUUUUUUUUUUUGUUUCACAUUUCCCGGUCGUGAAAACAAUUACAAAGAAUCAUCAUCAUCUUCAGAUAUUAAUCGAUCUGGUAGGAGGAGGAGGAUGGGUAGAGGAGGAGCUAUAUCAAAUAUGUUACUCAACAACUUUAGGUCUCUUCAAUAUACUUCUCGCUCAGCUGCUGCUGCUGCGUCGGCCUCUGGAUCAUUCUUGCGACAUGGAAUGAGAUUCUCGACCAGUGUGCCUAAUGACCCUGAUACGCAUGAUGAUUUUAAGCCUACAAAUAAGCUCGAGAAUUCUGACAUUACCCUUAAGGAUAUCGUUGAGCAGGAUGUCAAGGACAACCAUGUGAUGAUUUACAUGAAAGGAGAUCCAGAGCAACCGCGAUGUGGAUUCAGCUCAUUAGCUGUCAGAGUGUUGAGUGAAUAUCGUGUUCCAAUACAUUCUAGAAACAUUUUGGAAGAUCCUGAACUAAAGAAUGCUGUAAAAGCUUUCAGCAUGUGGCCGACAUUUCCUCAGAUAUUCAUAAAUGGAGAAUUCGUUGGAGGAUCAGACAUUAUCCUCAAUAUGCAUCAGAAUGGUGAAUUGAAGGAGAAGAUAAAGGCAACAUCCUCAGAGUAACUGCCUGCACUUUUUACCUAUUGAUGCUUUAUUUAUUAUGUUAGUGUUUCCGGCUUAGUAUACAUUUAAAUUGUGAUUUCAUUUUUCAAAGCGUCGUUCUAAUGACCAUGAGUGGGAAAAAUAAUAAUGUUGUGCUUUUAUGCAUCUGGAGAUUUUUAUUUAUUUAUUUAUUUAUUUA